AUGUAUUUAGAUGAACCAAGAAGUGACAUAGAUGAGGAUUUAGGUGUUCUUUCUUUUUGGAAAGCACAUCAAUAUCGUUAUCCGGAGCUUACUUCUAUGGCUCGAGAUAUUUUAAGCAUAGCGGUCUCCACUGUAGCAUUCGAAUCUACUUUUAGUAAUGGUGGUCGUGUUCUUAAUCAAUAUCGAAAUUCUUUGAAGCACGACAUUGUUGAGGAUAUAAUUUCUACUAAAGAAUUGUUGUUUGGAAUUAAAGGUGAUGAAUAG